AUGAAGCUUCUGAAAAUCAUAGAAUAUAUAAAGAAAAAACUAAAACUUUUCAUGAUAAAUACGUUAGCAGAAAAAAAAUUGAUGUUGGACAAAAAGUGUGGUUAUAUGAUUCUAGGCUGAAAUUAUUCCCAAGAAAAUUAAAAUCAAAAUGGACAGGGCCUUAUGUGGUGGAAGAGACAUAUGAUCAUGGGGCUAUAAUGAUUAAAGAUCUUAAAAGUGACCAUAACUUUAAGGUAAAUGGACAACGACUUAAACAUUACAUAGAACAUGAAUGCCUUGUAGAAAAAGAAAUUUUAUUAUAAAAAAAAAUUCAAGAGUAAGAUCAAGGUGUCUAGUUGGAGACAUUAAAUUCAGCGCUGCAUGGGAGGCAACUCAUGGUUUUUAUUUCAUUCUAUUUGAAUUUUUUAAGCUCUGGUUUUCUUAGAAUUUCAUAGUACUUGUUUUUGUAUUUGUUUUUUUGGAAAAAGUGCAGGAGUGUAAGAUGAGGUGGAAAAUUAAAAAUGAGGUUGAGGUGAUGUCUUUCUGAGCUUUAUCAUUUAUGACAAUAUUUUUAAUGAUUAACUUUGUAUAUAUACAUGCUUCACUUGAAAAUUAUAUUUUCUGCAUAUUUUGUUCUUAUUUUUCUAUGUCAUUGAGAACAAUGUCAUUUUUAAGUUAGGGGUUGAAGUAUUAAUUAUUAAUUUAUGCUGUAAGAUGAUUAAGAACAUGUGUUUACAUUUUAUUUUUAUUUUUUCAUGCUCACUUAGAACAGGAACUAAAAAAAUAAAAUAAAAUUCAGAAAAACUAUAACAUCUAUUUUCUGGUUUUCUGUCAAGAACAACAAACUGUCAAAAAUAAGAAACAAAAAACAGUCCAAAUUUUGAAAUUUUAGAGACCCUUUUCUCACAUUUCAAUCCCCUAGACAUAUAUUACUGAAAUUCCAAAAUUAUAGCUAUAAAGAGAAUAGUUUUGAUUUAUUUUUGACAAAUUUAUUGUUGCUAAAAAUAGAAUUGAAAAGAGAAAAUAUAACUAUUAGAACUAUCUAAUUUACAAAUUUCUUACAUCAUAUUACAUGCAUGAAAAAUUAAAUCAAUUAGAUUGAUUGAUACCAAAAGAUACAAGGAAGAUUAUUAUUGAGUCAAAAGAGUGAUCUAAUAGCAUGAAAUGUUGGAAUACUCCUUGGAUACAUGAUAGAUAACAUGAAUUUGAUUUUACAGAUUUUCACUUCAUGAUCUUGAUAGAUAAUAUUUACUUGAUGUGAAAAUUUGAUUGAUCAUUUGAGUUUAAUAAAGAUUUUUGCACCCUAAUCUAUAAGACUUGUGAGGAGAAAUCACUUAUUUCAGAAAAAAAAGACAAAGAGUAAUGUGAAAAAUCUAGAAACGAAGAGUACACAUGGAGGGUGUGAGACAUCAUUCUCAUUGUCAAAAAUCGUGCAUAGAAAAACACUUGCUGCAAAAUAAGUGGAUAAAGUGAAAGCCCUGAAAAUUAAGAGUACACAUGGAGGGUGUGAGACAUCAUUCUUAUUGUCAAAAUUUGUCUACAGGAAAAGCUACUUAUCCACUAUAUAUAUAUAAAAAAAAAGAAGGAAGAAAUAUAAUGCAAACUUUAAAAAUCAAUCCAUGAAAAAAAGGAAAUGUAGGAUCAAUAUUAUUCUUGGAUGAGUAUUGAUAAUUGGAACAUCUUCUAAAUAUAUCUAUGAGUGAAAAAGUAAUAAAGAUGUGAAUAGAAGAAGUGAAGUCUAAAUUGUUAUUUCAAGGAGUGCAUAAACAUUUAAGUGCUUGACAUCAUUCUUAAAUACUUGAUAUAAGAGUCCAAAGUGUCUAAAGGUGCAUCAUUUCUAAUUGUAUUUUUUUUUUAUGUAUUUAAAUAUAAUUUUUGAGAUUCGUAAAUUUUUAUUUUCGUAAUUACAAUGCUAAGGGACUAGCAAUGAUUUAAGUUCGGGGGUGUGAUAAGUUUUUAUUAUCAUGAGUUAAUGAUUAGUAAAUAAUAUAGUUUUAGCCUUAACUCAUGAUAAAUAGACUUAUAUUUGUGUUAAAGUGUGAAAAGUGGUUUUCAGUUGAUUAACGUAAAUUGUUGGGUAAUUAUGUGAUUUUAUAAGAAUUUAUAUGAUUUUAUAGUUUUACUUUUGAGAUAAAUUAUGAAAAAGAAAUAAAAAUAAAAUAAGACAAAAUAGGGGGAACCCGCCAGCCAGCGGAGCCCACAAGCAGGUCAGAAGCACAAUCGGGGAGGAGCCGCAAGUAGGGGCUUGAGCGGCUAAGAACGAUAGGGGCUUGUGUGCGCCACUCCUCUUCCACAUCAUUGGUGGCCAGCCAGCUGUGGGGCAAGGAGUGGUCGUACACACGCGAGAAAGGGACUUUAUUGCAAAUAUAUUAUUACUAUAUAUUCGCUAGAAACUUUGACGCAUAAACGAUGUGGGACUAAACUCACGUCACACCUUCCCCAGAAAGGGCGAGCAACCGGCAAUGGUUCGAAUCCUCCCAGAGCUAAAAGUCAUAUUUUUUAUCUAAUUAUCGUGACUUUCUUGUAGAUCGUCGGUGAAGGAUUAAGCCACGAGAAUUGUAGGAUCAUCAGCAAAAAUCUCAUUAAUGCGAUUCGCGGAGCAUUGUUACUUAAAUUGUUGAACAAUUCAUGAUAAAAGAAUCGUGAAUCCAUCAAGUAAAGCAUCUCCGAUUGAUCGAUGAACAAGUCGUCGUCGGGAAGAGGACGAUCCGUCGAGAGACGAGUUGCCACCUUUUGAGAGCAUACCGAAUGCAAUGAAGAGCCUCCUUUUGCUGUGUGAACCUAAUGAUGAAGCUCCUUGACACGCGCCUCACCUCCAUCUAGCGCCUCUUUGUCAGGUCACAGCUGCCGGAGAGCCACAAAGUCGUUGUUUUUUCUCUUUGUCAGGUGACAACCGCCGAAGAUGAUUUAAUGACCCAUUUCAUUGAUCUCUAGACUUCGCAAGGAGAGCUAGAGAUUGUUCACGUCGUCCUUGUCCAAGAAGAGCCUUUGAGGCUGUGGACAUUGCACGAUGAUUGAUAAGUCUUCAUUAUCAUGAGUUAAUAAUUAGUAAAUAAUAUAGUUUUAGCCUUAACUCAUGAUAAAUAGACUUAUAUUUGUGUUAAAGUGUGAAAAGUAGUUUUCAGUUGAUUAAUGUUAAUUUUUAGGUAAUUAUGUGAUUUUACAUGAAUUUAUAUGAUUUUUACAGUCUUGCUUUUGAGAUAAAUGAAGAAAAAUAAAUAAAAAUAAGACAAAAUGAGUGGGGGACCCGCCGGCCAGCCGGGCCCGCAAGCGGGUCGGAAGCUCAGUCGAGGAGUAGCCGCGAGCAGGGGCUCGAGCAGCUUGGACCGAUAGGGACAACGUGUGCGCCACUCCCCUUCCACGUCACCAGUGACCAGCCGGCUGUGGGGCAAGGAGUGGUCGUACACGCGAGAGAAGGAACUUUGCUUAGAAAGCUAACAUUACUAUAUAUUCGCCCGAAAAAUCAGAGCACAACCGAUGUGGGACUAAACCCACGUCACACCUUCCUCAGAAGGGGCGGACAACCGGCGCAAGUUCGAAUCCUCCCAGAGUCAAAAUUCAUAUAUUUUUAUCUGAUUAUCACGACUUUCCUACAGAUCGCCAGUGAAGGAUUAAGCAACGAGAAUCGCUAGAUCAUCGACGAAAAUCUUGUCAACGUGAUUCGCGGAACAUUGCUACUAAAAUUGUUGAACGAUUCGUGAUAAAAGGAUCGCGAAUCCAUCGAGUAAAUCAUCUCCAAUUGAUCGAUGAACAAGCCGUCGUCGGGAAGAGGACGAUCCGUCGGGAGACGAGUCGCCACCACUUCAGAGCAUACCAGAUGCGAUGAAGAGCCUCCUCUUGCUGUGCGGACCUGAGGAUGAAGCUCCUUAACACGCGCCCCACCUCCAUCCAGCUCCUCUCCAUCAGGUGACAACUGCCGAAGAGCCGCAAAGUCGCUGUUAUUCUGCUCCGCCGGGUGACAGCCACCGGAGACGAUUCGACGACCCAUUUCAUUGAUCUCUAGACUUUGCGAGAAGAUCUAGAGAUUGCCCAUGUCAUCUUUGUCCAAGGAGAGCCUUUGAGGCCGUGGACACUGCACGACGAUCCUCCCGAACGCUCAGGAUUCCAGUGCAUCGCCGACGCAUCGCCGUCGCAACGCCGGAACUCUAUUUUCCUACUUUCAACUUAAUUUUCAUUUCAUUUAGUGAUAAUUUGUUGAUUUUAAAUUUACCAACAUAUACUUCAUUUCAUUACGAUUCUUCCGUCUUUUACUGAUCUUAAUUUGAUCAAUUAAAUCGUUUGUAAUUGCUUAUGUAAGAAUUGCCAGGCGGAACUCUGUUUCUGCCCAAUUCGCGUUCGCUGAGCGCUGACAUCAUCUUGAUGCCCGCACCCUUAUUUCCUUUCUUUGUGAAUUUUAAAUAUAUUUCCUUUUCAUUUCUUAGUAUAAAAUUCAUAGAAAAUAGUAUUCUUUGAGGAAAAUUCUGAAUAAUUACCAGAUAUUAUAUUACAUCCCUAUGAUCGACCUGGAAAAUUACUACUAUUUUUGUAACUUAUAUUGAAUUAUAAUUGAUAUAUUUGUUUAGAAAUACUUCUAAAUAUCCGAAAAUUCAUAUUUUCUAGUUUUAUAAAUUUUAUAUUUGCGUGAUUUAAUAUACAACGACUGAGUCACAUCAAGAAUCUAUAAAAUCCUCUUCUACUCCUAUUUGAUUUUGUUUUGGGCUGUCCACGUUUUUCUUUUCUUCUAAUGUUUUGGGAUAAGGAUCAGGUAAGAUCUUACCACUCAAUGCAUUCACUGUCCUAACAUUUUCAUUUUGUGGGUUUUUUCCUAGAUUCAUGCUACUAGACUCCCCUUGUUGAAAUCCUAUUGUUAGGCAGUUCCUUGGAUUUUCUAUGGGCUGACUAGGUAGUUGUCCCUUUUCUCUCUUAUUCCCAAGAGCCUCUAUAAUUUAUUUCUACUGCAGCAUCAUUUUAUUCAUAGUUUGUAGCAUCAUUUGGCUUAUUUGCUACAUCAUUUCCAUAGUAUCAGGUUGGGUUUGAGAGGGCUGAUUUUUCUAAAAUCUAUUUUCUUAUUUUGGACGAAAUUCAGAGUUUGAAUUGAGUCUAAGUGUUUCUGGAUUUUGAAUAUUAUUUGGGUCUUUCCAUGAAAAAUUAUUCCUCCAAUUAUAAUUAUAAGAAUUUAAAAAAAGGCUCCCUAUUUCUAUUAAAACUGUGAGCUACUUGCACUUGUUCUUACAUAGGAUGAAAUGAUUGAUCUCAAUUAUAGCAUUGAAAUUCAGAAUAAUUAUUUUUACCAUACAUAGGACAUGUACUAUUUGAAUUAAAUUGAAGGUUAAGAAGAGGCUUUCUAAUAUUGUCAAUAAGUAAAUUAAAAUUUUCUAAUCUUUGAUUAAUCUGAUUAACCUCAUUUCUUAAUUUAGAAUCAUCAUCAUGAUGUAAUUCAUAAAUUUCUCUCUUCUUAUCCAUGUCAUAUAAUUCAAAAGAGGCUUGAUCUCAAGAUUUUUUACUUAAAUUCUCAUAAAGACUAUAAAUCUCAUCAGGGGUUUUCUCCAUAAAAUUUCUUCUACAUAUAGAAUCAACCAUAUUUCUGUGUUGUUCUAAUAAUUCAUCAUAAAAAAUUCUAUUGAGCUGCCACUUGGGUAUAACAUGAUGAGGACACUUUCUAAGUAAAUCUUUGAAUUUUUCCCAUGUCUCAUGUAAAGUUUCUUCUAGUCUUUGAGAAAAACUCCAUAUAUGUUUUCUCAUAUUUUGAGUUUUUCUUAAAGGAUAAAUUUUUUGAAAAAAAGCCUAUUCUAUGUCUUUCCAGUUAGUUAAUUCUCUAUCUAAUGUGGAUAGCUAAUGACUAACUUUGUCCCUAAGUGUACGAAGAAAUAAUUUCAUCUUAAUAAUUUUCGGUGUAACUUGAGGGAGAUUAACUAAAUCAUAGACCAUAUGAAAUUUUUCUAAGUACUGAUGAGGUUCCUCUAAAGGCAAUCCAUGAAAAUUAGAGAGUAUUUGAAAAUUUUCUGGAUUUAUUUCAAAUUUAAUAGUGAGUGCUAAUAGGACUCUAAUAUUGGAUGCUCUUUGAAAUGAAUCAGGGAUAUAAUGAUUUUUCAUGGCCAUAGGAUUGUUUUCACUUUGACCUGUACUUCCUUCAAGAUCUAUCAAAAUUAAUAUUUCUUUUGGAUUUUUAGUUUUGAAUGAAAGAAUGAAAGGAUUUUCUAGCCUUGGAUGCAAGGAUCUUCUACCAUGCAUAAAAAUCAAUAAAUUCGAGGGAAAAAGUUUAGUAACUGUUACCCUCCUUCAGUAUGCUCUAGUCCUUGACUUGCUUCUCUUCAUUCCCUUUUUUUUUAUAAAAAAAAAGUUCGACAAAAAGAAAAAAAAUAAGAAUUAUUUUUUUUGUGUACUCUAAGAGAAAAAUAGAAAAAUACUAAAUAUUAUACAAUACAUCCCUAGUAACGGUGCCAAGAUUUGAUGUGACUUAUUUGUUGUAUAGUAAAUCACGUAAAUUUAAAAUUUAUAAAACUAGAAAAUACAAAUUUUUGGAUAUUUAAAAGUAUUUCUGAACAAAUAUAUCAAUUAUAAUUCAAUAAAACUUCUAAAAAUAGUGGUAGUUUUUCAAGUUGAUCACAGGGAUGUAAUAUAAUAUCAGGUAAUUAUUCAGAAUUUUCCUCAAAGAAUACUAUUUUCUAUGAAUUUUAUACUAGGAAAUGAAAAUUAAAUAUAUUUAAAAUUCAUGAAGAAAGGAAAAUAAGGGUGGAGAUGUCAGGAUGGUAUCAGCGCCCCACGAACGCGAAUCGUACAGAAAUAGAUUUCCACCCGGUGAUUCUUACAUAAGCGAUUACAUACGAUUUAAUUGAUCAAAUUAAGAUCUGUAAAAGUCGGAAGAAUCGUAAUUGAAUGAAGUAGAAAUUUAAAUGACACAAAUUAUCACUAAAUGAAGCAGAAAUUAAGUUGAAAGUAGGAAAAUAGAGUUUCGCGUCGCGGCGGCGAUGUGUCGGCGAUGCACCAGAAUCCUGAGCGUUCGGGAGGAUUGUCGUGUAGUGUCCACGGCCUCGAAGGCUUUCCUUGGACAAGGACGACGUGGGCAAUCUCUAGAUCUCCUUGCGAAGUCUAAAGAUCAAUGAAAUGGGUCGUCCGUCUCUAGCAGCUAUCACCCGACUGAGCAGAAAAAUGACGACUUUGCGGCUCUACGACGGUUGUCACCCAAGGGAGAAGAGCUGGAUGGAGGUGGAGCGUGUGUCAGAGAGCUUCAUCCUCAAGUCUGCGUAGCAAGAAGAGGCUCUUCAUUACAACCGGUACGUGAUAAGUCUUCAUUAUCAUGAGUUAAUAAUUAGUAAAUAAUAUAGUUUUAGCCUUAACUCAUGAUAAAUAGACUUAUAUUUGUGUUAAAGCAUGAAAAGUGGUUUUCAGUUGAUUAACGUGAAUUUUUGGGUAAUUAUGUGAUUUUAUACGAUUUUUACAGUCUUAGUUUUGAGAUAAAUGAAGAACAAGAAAUAAAAAUAAAAAUAUUGCAAAAUGGGGGGAUUCGCCGGCCAGCCGGGCCCGCAAGCGGGUCGGAAGCGCAGUCGGGGAGUAGCCGCGAGCAGGGGCUCGAGCGGCUUGCUUGGAUCGAUAGGGGCACGUGUGCGCCACUCCCCUUCCACGUCACCGGUGGUCAGCCGGCUGUGGGGCAAGGAGUGGUCGUACACGCGAGAGGACUUUGCCUAGAAAGCUAACUUUACUAUAUAUUCGCCCGAAUAAUCCGCGCACAACCGAUGUGGGACUAAACCCGCGUCACACCUUGUUCAGGGGCGGGCGACCGCCGCGGGUUCGAAUCCUCCCAGAGUCAAAAUUCAUAUAUUUUUAACUGAUUAUCGCGACUUUCCUGCAGAUCGCCGGUGAAGGAUUAAGCAACCGGAAUCGCUGGAUCAUCGGCGAAAAUCUCGUCAACGCGAUUCGCGGAGCAUUGCUACUAAAAUUGCUGAACGAUUCGCGAUAAAAGGAUCGCAAUCCAUCGAGUAA